AGCGCCGCAGGGAGCCAACAGACAAGCUUGAGUUUAACAAACAGCAAUACUCUUCGCGCUCCUGAAAAGCAGGAUUGGACGCUCUCCGUGGUGCUGAAACAGCGGCUUCCUCUGUCCGUAAUACCUACAGCCCCCUUGCUCCGAUUUCCCCUGGGGCUCUCCCUCUGCGCCCCUGUUCCCCACUUCCCCUUAGCAUCUGGAUUAUUUUUUCAACAGCCCUCGCUGAUCUUGUAAGUGCCAAUUUGAAAUAUUUUUGCCCCCAUAACUCGUGGACUACAAAGCACAAGGACCUGAAAAAUGUACCGCUUCAAUACUCUUCGACUCUACCUUUGGGAGACCAUUGUAUUCUUCAGCCUUGCUGCUUCUAAGGAGGCUGAAGCUGCCCGCUCCGCAUCCAAGCCUAUGUCACCCUCGGACUUCCUGGAUAAGCUAAUGGGAAGAACCUCUGGAUACGAUGCCAGGAUCAGGCCCAAUUUUAAAGGUCCCCCAGUGAAUGUGAGCUGCAACAUUUUCAUCAACAGCUUUGGUUCCAUUGCUGAGACAACUAUGGAUUAUAGGGUCAACAUCUUUCUGAGGCAGCAGUGGAACGACCCCCGGCUGGCCUACAACGAAUAUCCAGAUGACUCUCUGGACCUGGACCCAUCCAUGCUGGAUUCCAUCUGGAAACCUGACCUGUUCUUUGCCAAUGAGAAGGGGGCCCACUUCCACGAGAUCACUACGGACAACAAACUGCUGCGGAUCUCCCGGAAUGGGAAUGUCCUCUACAGCAUCAGGAUCACCCUGACGCUGGCUUGCCCCAUGGACUUGAAGAAUUUCCCCAUGGACGUCCAGACGUGCAUUAUGCAACUGGAAAGCUUUGGAUACACCAUGAAUGACCUCAUCUUUGAGUGGCAGGAGCAGGGGGCUGUGCAGGUGGCAGAUGGCCUCACUCUGCCCCAGUUUAUCCUGAAGGAGGAGAAGGACCUGAGAUACUGCACCAAGCAUUACAACACAGGCAAAUUCACCUGCAUUGAGGCCCGCUUCCACCUGGAGCGACAGAUGGGCUACUACCUGAUCCAGAUGUACAUCCCCAGCCUGCUCAUUGUCAUCCUCUCGUGGAUUUCCUUCUGGAUCAACAUGGAUGCUGCCCCAGCCCGCGUGGGCCUGGGUAUCACCACCGUGCUCACCAUGACCACCCAGAGCUCAGGCUCCCGAGCAUCCCUGCCCAAGGUGUCCUACGUGAAAGCCAUUGACAUUUGGAUGGCUGUGUGCCUGCUCUUCGUGUUCUCAGCCCUGCUCGAGUAUGCCGCCGUCAACUUUGUGUCUCGGCAGCACAAGGAGCUGCUCCGAUUCAGGAGGAAGCGAAGACACCACAAGAGCCCCAUGUUGAACCUGUUCCAGGAGGAUGAGGCCGGAGAGGGCCGCUUCAACUUCUCUGCCUAUGGGAUGGGCCCCGCCUGCCUUCAAGCCAAGGAUGGCAUCUCGGUGAAGGGCGCCAACAACACCACCACCAACCCGCCUCCUGCGCCAUCCAAGUCCCCAGAGGAGAUGCGCAAACUCUUCAUCCAGAGAGCCAAGAAGAUCGACAAGAUCUCCCGCAUCGGCUUCCCCAUGGCCUUCCUCAUUUUCAACAUGUUCUACUGGAUCAUCUACAAGAUCGUCCGCAGGGAGGACGUCCACAACCAGUGACGGGUCUGGGACGGGGGAGGCUGGGAGAGCGCGGGGGGAGGAGCGCCGGAGUCUGAGGGCCGGAGGAGGAGGAGGAGGAGGGGCAGAGAGCGAGAGGGGGCCCCCCAACCUCUCCUCCUCGGCGGUGUGUGCAAUCCCCAAUGCAGCGAUGCAUGA